UCGCCGCGGCCGCCCGCCACUCUACCGCGACCGCUCACGCUACGUCUUCGAUAAACGAGUGCCGAGUAAACAUUGCCAUACGACCUGUGAUUAACUUAGUACACUUUUAAACUAAAAUGAUCUCGAUUAAGUGACGAUAGUUUAAGAGGACACGAUAGUAUUUUUAGUAAAUAUAGACAGUGCGGUGUCGAGUGCCCGGCGGUGCAUACGGUGGAGUUUGUUUUGAGGCUGGUCUCGGGCGGCGGGCAGUGUUUACGGCGCGCACGUGGCCGCCCAUGCCGCGACCGCCCCCGGCAUGAGUCUACCCCGCGCCGGCUGACACCACCACUCCCAUGUCCCGCGACGCCGCCGGCCAUACGUAUUCAUUUUUUUUUCGCUGGAGAAGACGGUGUUCGCCGGUCGGUCAGAGUUAAAUGGCAAGCGGCAGCGCCGUCUCGUCGACGCUGACAUCGAGAGACUACCACUGCAAGGUCUGCAACCUCUACCUGGACUCCGGCGAGUCCCUGGAUGUCCAUCUCCAGUACCACAAGGAGAACCUCUACGUGAAGUGGGGCGCGCAGAAUGGCCAGAAUGAUACCGAGAAUAACAACGGCGCCAAAGUGAGGAGCGAGACGACGGUGACGGCGCCGGCGGACUCCAGCGAGAUGAUCACCAAACCCAGCCCCGAGUUCCAGCAGCGGGCGACCCCGGAGACGUCCGCACAGUUCCCUCACCCCGCCACCCCGCAGAGCUACCACAGCGCGCCCUCGCCCUACCAGAACGCCGACCAGACCUCCUUCUCGCCAGGUACCCAGUACGCUGGCGGCUUCCAGCACACCGGCUUCUCCGCCGCCCCCGCCGAUCAGCUGAGUUGGGAGCCCUCCUACAACCAGGAGUACAAGCAGGCCAACCGCUUCCAUCCGUACAACAUGCAGGAACGGGUAUCGCAGGUGUCGUCGUCGAGCCCUAUCUACGGGCAGCCGCUCAACCAGCCGACGCCGUCGCCGUCGCCCAACCAGUGCGACAAGUGCGGCUACGUGUGCGACUCCGUCGUCCAGCUCAACGAGCACUGCAACUCCGCCCACGCGGGGGGCGGCGGUGGCCCCAACUCCGUACCGCUCGCCUUCCAGCAGUUUCCCCCGAAGCAGUACAACAACACCGGCUCCUUUCAGAAUGAUAAAAUCAAAGAGGAGCAGGAGGAGUCGUCCGAUAUACUAGAUCUAGACUCGCACAAGGUUGUCUACCAGGGCAACGAGGGCGAGACGCCGAACACGUCCUACGACGAGAGCUCCUCCCAAGUGCGCGAGAGUAAUACGCGCACCGUGCCGCUAAUGCCGUGGGAGACGAAGCUGUACAGCAGCCCCCAAGUCAACGGGGAUAUUUCGCUGUUCAAAGAUCAAAAGAUGUUCGCGGAACAGAAGAGUUACCCGGCCGACGCGAAGAUGUUUCACGGCGAACAAAAGUUCGGCUACUCGCAGGACAAGUUCAUGCCGGUUCACGGCGAUCAAAAGCCGUUCCUGCACGUCGAUCAGAAGCUGUAUCCCGGCGUGCAGAUGCCCCCGCUCGGCGACUACCCCGGCGCCGCAGUCGGGUCGAACGCGUCGGACCUGAAGCCGCCCUACCGACCCUAUGACUCACCGAACCCGCCCCAGAUCACGAGCACGCAGCCCCCGAAUCCCUCCUCCGCGCUGCCCUCCAUCGGCAGCAAGGGGGCGAACUGGAAAUCAAACGAAGCUAGGAGACCAAAAACGUACAACUGCACGGCCUGCAACAAGUGGUUCACGAGCUCCGGUCACCUGAAGAGGCACUACAACACCACACUCCAUAAGAACGCCGUGAGGUCGUCAGGGCAGCCGGACCCGGCAACCAUGCCCAUAUCGACCCACCAUCACCCGAGUCGCGAUUCGCUGCAGAACCGCGGUCAACAGCAGAGCGGCGAGUCCAACACGCGUAGCCCUGCACCCGACGACAGCCGAGGCGACGACGCCGGCCUGCAGUCGCCCUACGCCGCGCAGACCUUCGAGCGCUCGCACCGCGUCGCCGCUCUCCAGUCAAAGUCCCAGUACGCUCAUCUCUCGCAGGGUAACAUAGAAAAUAAUUUCUCUAAUAAUCCUUUAGCUAAUCACUCCUUGCAACAUCAGGUAGGGUCGCAUCCGAUCAAUAUAGGUAGUCAGCCGCCGGGAUUGAUCGUGGACGGGCACAUCGGGUCAAAGGGGGUCACAAUUAGUUCGAAUCCCCCAAACGGGGAAGCAGGUCCCUCUGCCCCAAACCACCAUAUGAGGGACCUGCUUUCAGUGUCGACCAGCAAUAUUAUAACCCCGGUGCUAACGCAGAAUACGCCGGCGCUUACGGCGCAUCCGUUGCCCCCGUUCAGUCAUUUGGGUGUCAACCCCUACAGUCCGAGGUCUACGGAUCCUUUGGGAGCUCCGGCGCCGAGCCCCACGCCCCAGUUAUUUAUAAAUCAGAAUUUUCAGCAGAGUAUAGCACCGAGCUACCCAAACGGGAUUGCCCCCCACGUUACGGAUACGGUUAUCAACAGCCAGCUUAUAGCCAGUCCAGCUACUUCUGGUGAAUGCUCACCCGAAGUGGUGAAGAUACUGAAGCAGGAGACUCUCGCGCAGCCCGAUGGUGGCAGGCUGCCGAGCUUCUCCCAGUUUCACACCCAGAGAUUCGACAACGUCAUAAAGCCUAACGUGGGGGGUCAAUUCAUCGCCGAUGACACCAUCGGCAGCUUCAUUUACAGCAAUUCCGUCGGCGGUUUUCAAAGUGCCGUCGACGUAGGAACGCAGAACAUAGGCUACGACCUUAAUAUAAUUUCGAAAUCGGUCAAGGACAACGUGUACACCGGCUAUCUAGAUAACGUAAAAAACUGUCAUCAGUACAUUUCGUAUACGAUCGACGACAAAUCUCUAAAAAACGACAAUCUUCUCAACACCAAAAACGGCUUAAUACAAAUUCUAAAAAUAGAAAAAAUCGAAAAUCUGAUAGAUUACGCGAACAAAGAGAACUACGGGGACAGCGAGAUGACAUCACCGAGCCGGCCGGAGAGCGCCGGCUCCGAGCAGAACAACAACAAGUCGGGUCCGGCCCUCGCCGAGCGCAGCCUCAAGAAGGCCGCCGCCGACGUGGUGCACAAGUGUCUCGAGUGCGAUAAGCUGUUCAACAAGGCGUGCUACCUCACGCAGCACAACAAGACCUUCCACUCGGGCGCCAAGCCGUUCAAGUGCGACCGCUGUGGCAAGCGCUUCCCCGACGGCGCGACCUACGAGACCCACUACCUGAAGCACGCGCACGACAAGCCCUUCAAGUGCCCCGAGUGCCCCAAGUCGUUCAACCACAAGACCGACCUGCGCCGGCACAUGUGUCUGCACUCAGGCUCUAAGCCCUUCUCCUGCAAGCACUGCGGGAAGGGCUUCAUCCGCCAGGACCACAUGAUGAAACAUUUCGAGACGCACAAGAAAAAGAUUAUGCGCUCGUCCAUGUCGUCCAUGUCGUAGGUCGCGCCCCGUCUCGUCCCCGAUGUAUCGUCGCGAUAUCGUUUCUCGUUUACGCCGCGCCGCGCCGGAGCGUUUCGUUAUAGAUAUGUUAUUUCCUUGUAGAAAAAUGCGUUCAGUCCGCCGGUUUUGUUUUUUCUCUGUUGUUCAUUCGAUCUAACCUUGCCUCCGAGCAAGGUGACUUUAAAUGUCUGGCGUCUGGGCGUCGAACGUGCGAGCACUCGGCGCGGACGACGCCUGCGCGCGCACACGCGCUCCAUAUCAUUUUUACAUAUUCAUAUCCCGACUUUAUCAUAGACUUAGACCAGAUCGUUUCCAAUUUUCCUUUUAUGAUUAGGUAUAAUUGUGACUUAGGAGGGUUUUAGUUAAAUGUUUGCAUAUUGUUAAUGUUUAUAAAGUAUGUGUGUAUUUCGAAACUUACGUAGGAUAAUUUUUGUAAAUAAUUUUAUUACGGGACAAAUGCCAGGUAUUAUUAAUAUAUUACAUAUUCAAUUUCAUAUCAGAAUUGUAUAAGGUAACCUAGCGCGACCAUAUCUAGCCGACGAUAUAAUAUUUAGUAGCGAAGACUUUACCGCGGGGUAAACGUAGUAUUAUUAUGUUUUGUCAGUGUUAUGUUAUGUUAUUACGAUGAGGAUGCGUUUUCGUUGGGGCAUUGUGCUGUCGGGAAUUAUUUUCUUGCGAAUUGUUUUGACGACGUAGGUGCUUCCAUUCAGUUGAAGUGUUGAGACGAGAGUUACCAUUGUGUUAUUGGUCGAAUUUAGUUACAUUCCUGUUUCGUUAGUAGUAGCAAAGCUGUCUUCCGAAACAAUGCCAAAUAAAAGACGCGAAGCGCAAUAAAACGAUUGUAAGUUUUUCCCAGUAUGAACGUAGAAUAAAAUUAAUAAAAUUCUUUAGCAAUAAUUUAACGAUAAAUGUAAAUGUUUCUGUAUAGUAAAAGUUAGAUAUUAUUUUAAUUAUUAGUGGACUGUAAAUAUAUAGACCCAAAAAUUGACUGUACGAUGGCUUACGUUGGUUUGUUGUUAUUUGUUUAUAAUUUGAUAAUCGGUUGUGAUCUGAAUUUACUAAUCAGCCUGUCGAUGUAUUUCGUCAGUAUUUCGAUGUUAUCCACGAGCAUACGAUCAGUUUUUGUGUUGGGUCGAUUCCUCAUUAUUUAUAAUAUAUUCGACAUCGCCUCUAGUAUUACAUCUAGUACUAGCAUUGUAUCGUUUCCUCUCUUUAUAUUAUGUGUUGACUCAUUAUUUCCACAAAUUAAGUAUAUAUUAUAAGCGUGCAAUCAUAUCCGUUAAUUUUAAUGUUGAGUAUAUUAAUGCAAUAUUUUUAUACAAAUUAUAGUAACACGAUCUACCUCAAUGUCGACUUUAAUGAAAUUUCAUAUCAUAAAUUAUAAUUGUUACGGCGCUCGUCGCACAUAUACACCUACGUACUGCCCAGGAACAGAUGUACAAGUAAAUAUAUGAACAUAGCGAAUCUAUUGUAGUCCCGUGUUUGUUAUAUUGUUACCAUAUCAUAUAAUAUACGUAACCGAUAGUUACCAACGGUUAGGAGUACGAUAUUCUACAUCUACGAUAAUAUUAUAGAUAAUAUUUAUUAAUAACGAUAAUACAUUUUACAAAAUUGAUAGCGAACAUAGGACCCGUUUACAUUUUGUAUAUUAUAUUUACAAACGACGCGAAUCUAUGACGUUGAAUAAAUUUAUUAUAUCAUAAAGAAUUCUAUAGCAAUAAUAUAAUAAUACAUAUAGUGAAAAACUACCUCAUACGAUAAACGUGUUGUGAAGCAGAGGGCGCGGGCCGCUCCGGGGCCGCCGGGUCCCACACGUUACCUCAUAGUAUGCCUUUAUAUAUUAUAUUAUAUAUUAUAUUAUAUUGUGAUUCGUGACAAUUUACUUCCCGCGCCCGGACCGAGGCGCCCCGCCGCCCCCUCCCUCUGCCGUCGAAUAAUUAUUUAUAAAUUAAUAUUUUGUCGUCAUAUUCGUAACGGUAACUUGUAAAUAAUCAAUUCGAAAUGUUCAUUUCAAUCAUGAUGUAAUAGUAAUUCGCAGAUAGAUCGUUAAGUAGAGAGUUACGUGAACUUAAGGUAUAUACAAUAAGAGCAUCGAAGAGUUUAUGUUACCCGAUUUGUUAAAUUCAGUUCAGUAAAACCAGACAGGUCAACGACGAUGUGUUUCCUUUCCACCCAGCGACUAACCGGCGAGCUCUUAUUUUAAUGUUAAUUUAGCAUUAGGCGAAAUUCGUCGCCGGCCGCCUCCGAGCGGGCGUCGCGCAUCGGGAGCACGCUCGCUCGGAGCGGGCCGGCCUCGUACUUAAGAUUCGAUUAGCUAGUGUUAGUGUUAGAGACAGAUCUGUCCGCUGUCGCGAACUGCUGUGCGAUUUGUAUACUCAGUGUAUUUCCAGUGUAUAUCCCCGAAAGCCGCCGGCUCCCGAUCGGCCCUGUACUGACGCGACACUGGUCACACUGGUACAGCGGGAAUACGCUGAGUGUGCAUGUGCCGUGCGAAUUGUAGCUGUGCGAUUAUAUUAUGUUUCGGUGACGUGUUGCGACACCGCCCCACACCGCUCCACACCGUGUAACCCGGCAAUGCUUGCCGCCGCAGAUCUGUCGGUACUUAAUAAAUUUUAAUG